AUGGGGAUCGAGCGAAUGGAGCCGUUUCUCGACCGUCUUCCUCGCACGCGCGCGACGGGGAUGUCCCUUCAGGCGUGGUGCGGUCGCAGUGGAUGGUGGGGCCCUCAGGUGGGGACGGUCGGAACAGAGCAGAUACAUCAGCUUAGGAAAAUGAAAACACGGCGUGGAGGGACGGGGAGGAAGCGGAUCGACACGGCGAGGCUCAUCCAGAACCCGGCCGCUCGCCAGGUCGCCUUCUCCAAGCGCCGCAAUACGCUCUUCAACAUGGCCGGCGACCUCUCGGCGCUCUGCGGCGUGCAGACCGCCGUCGUCGUCUUCUCCUCCUCCGCUCGCGGCAACUGCUACGCCUUCGGAAGCCCCUCCGUCGACGCCGUCCUCCGCCGACUUGACGGCGUCGCUCUUCCCGCCGUCGGAGAGGAAGAAGAAGACGCCGCCACUCUGAUGGCGUUGCGGACGGAGCUGGAGGACACCAAGGCGCGCGUCGAGGCGGAGAAGGCUCGGACCAAGGCCGUCGAGGACGGCGCGAAGCGGGCGAUGGAGGCGGCUAGGACGCCCCGUUGGUGGGAGGCUGACGUCAAUGCGCUCGGUGCGGCGGAGCUGCCCGAGUUUGAGGCGGCGCUCUGCCGACUCCGGGACGCCGUUCUACGCCACGCUGACUCGAUGCAUGCAGCAGACCAGAACGGUGCAUCCGUUCUUGAUACUACCGGCCGCGUCGAUGACGCGCUGCAUGCCGACCAUACUCUCUAUCUCAACAACUAG